GGGAAGGAGGGAGAGAAGGAGAGAGGGAGGCGGCGCGGAUGCUCCCGGGCUCCCCGCGGCGGCAGCGGCGGAUGCUCGGCGGCCGGCGGCAGCGCAGGAGCUCGGCGCGUAGCCGGAGCCCGGCGAUGGGCGGCCGCGCGUGAGGGCGGCGGGGCAAGGGAGCAGCGAUCCCCGCGAGCGAGCCGCGCGCCGAGGGCUCGGCCAUGCCGUUCGCCAAGCGGACGGUGGAGCCGCAGCGGCUGUGCCGGCGGCAGCCCGCCGCCUCCGUGCUGGAGGAAAGCCGGGGCGCGGAGCCGCCGCCGCGGGACCCGCCGCCGGAGGAGCCGGGGGCGGCGGGCGAGGGCGCGCAAGCGGCCGGCGGCGAGAGGGAGGCGGCGGUGCUGAUGGUGCUGGACCUGUGCGCCGUCAGCAACGUGGCCCUGUCGCGGAUCCUCCGGCAGCUCUCCGACGUGGCUCGGCACGCCUGUACCCUCUUCCAAGAGGUCGAGGCUGACAUCCAGGGCACCCACCGCCGCGUCCGGGCGCUGCACGGCCGCAUCGCCGGCCUCCAGGGGGCCGUGCGCGGCCUCGACCCCAAGCAGGAGGCAGUGCCCGUCUCCAACCUGGAUGCAGAGAGCAAACUGAGUGUCUACUACCGGGCACCUUGGCAUCAGCAAAGAAAUAUCUUCCUCCCUUCCACCAGACCUCCGUGUGUGGAGGAGCUGCACCACCACGCCAAGCAGCACCUGCGAGCCCUGCGCAGAGAACAUCGAAGCCGAGUUGAUAACAGAGAGCAAAAAGUCCAAGGGCCCAUCUCUGUGGUGGCUCCUCCCUUUCCUCCCUUCCCUGCAGUCUGCAGUCAAAAGAGGCAAGCGAUAAAGGACCGGCACUUUCUACCAUUUAACAGCACCCGUUCGCCCUCCCCAGUUGAGUGUUGCCACAUGACCCCAUGGAGUAGAAAGUCCCAUCCACCAGAGGACGAAGAUACAGAUGUCAUGUUAGGGCAGAGGCCGAAAAAUCCAAUACAUAAUAUCCCUUCUACACUGGAUAAACAAACCAAUUGGAGUAAAGCACUACCUCUCCCAACUCCAGAGGAGAAAAUGAAACAAGAUGCCCAAGUGAUUUCUUCUUGCAUUAUCCCCAUCAAUGUCACUGGAGUUGGUUUUGACAGAGAGGCUAGUAUACGCUGCUCUCUUGUUCACUCACAAUCUGUACUACAGCGGAGACGAAAGUUGAGGAGGAGGAAAACCAUCUCUGGCAUCCCCAGAAGAGUGCAACAAGAAAUAGAUUCGGAUGAGUCACCGGUGGCAAGGGAGCGCAAUGUGAUUGUGCAUGCCAACCCGGACUUCUCCAGUGCCAGCAGCCGACGGUCAGGGACCAGGGACUCGGAGUGCCAGACAGAAGAAAUCCUUAUCGCCGCUCCCUCCCGGCGCCGCAUCCGCGCACAAAGGGGGCAGAGUGUGGUCGCCUCCCUCUCACACUCUGCUGGCAACAUUUUGGUGCUGGCAGACAACGGGGAUGCCGUCUUCGCUGCUGCUGUCAGCAACCGCAUCCGCUCACGGAGCCUCCCUCGUGAGGGAGCAAGAGCCAGCGAGGGCGACACAGCUGCUACCACCAAGAGUUCAGCAUAUGAAGCGGAGUGCUUCCUAGCCAGCCAGGAGAGGCAUCCGAAAAAAGGGAAGGAGGUCCUGAGCAAACAGGGUUCACAAGAGCAUCAGCCCCUGGGUUUGACUUGUCCUCAGCACCUGCACAGCCCUGAACACAGCAUCGGUGAGAGAGGGAGGUCACGACUGUCAAGGAUGGCAGAUUCAGGAAGCUGCGAGAUUUCAUCCAACUCAGACACUUUUGGGAGCCCCAUUCACUCCAUCUCCACAGCAGGAGUCCUGCUUAGCAGCCACAUGGAUCAGAAGGACGAUCACCAGUCCUCCAGUGGCAACUGGAGUGGGAGCAGCUCCACGUGUCCCUCUCAGACAUCCGAAACCAUUCCUCCUGCCGCCUCUCCACCACUGACUGGCUCCUCGCACUGUGACUCCGAGCUGUCCCUCAACACUGCUCCCAAUGCCAACGAGGACUCAAGUGUCUUCAUCACAGAGCAGUAUGGUGACCACGUGGACAAGGUCAGAGGCCACAGGGCGAGCUCCUUCACCUCCACUGUGGCAGAUCUACUCGAUGACCCCAACAACAGCAACACGAGUGACAGUGAGUGGAACUAUCUGCACCACCACCACGAUGCAUCCUGUCGCCAGGACUUCAGCCCUGAGCGCACAAAGGCUGACAGCCUGGGAUGCCCAAGCUUCACAAGCAUGGGCACAUAUGACAGCUUCCUAGAGAAGAGCCCCUCUGACAAGGCAGACACUAGCUCACACUUCUCCGUGGAUACUGAAGGAUACUAUACCUCCAUGCACUUUGACUGUGGUCUCAAAGGCAACAAGAGCUAUAUUUGCAACUAUGCAGCUGCAGGCUCCGAGAGCGGCCAGGUGGCAAGUGUGACCUCCAGCCUGGCCGACUGCACCUGGCAGGAAUGCAUCAGUCACAGGAGGCAGGGACGGCAGGGCAUCUCUCUGAAGAAACCAAAGGCAAAGCCAGCUCCACCAAAACGCAGCUCAUCUUUAAGGAAAUCUGAGGGCAGCAUGGAUCUUCCCGAGAAGAAAGAACCAAAGAUUAGCGGUGGGCAGCACACGUUGCACACUGCCAGGGAAAUGAAACUGCCACUUGAGUUUUCCAACACACCUUCUAGAGCAGAGGCCUCUAGCCUGCCACCCAAACCUGAGCUGCCCUGGGUGAGCCAGAGUGAUGGCAGCAUGAAGGACGCUCAGUUCGAUACGGCUGACAUGCCGUCCUUCAAAGAUGAAGGUGCUGAACAACCUCACUAUGCAGACCUCUGGCUCCUGAAUGACUUGAAAUCUGGUGAUCCUUACAGGUCUUUGUCUAAUUCGAGCACUGCUACGGGUACCACAGUCAUAGAGUGCAUCAAGUCACCAGAAAGCUCAGAGUCCCAGACAUCCCAGUCCGGGUCGCGGGCCACCACCCCAUCCCUGCCUUCCGUUGACAGCGAGUACAAACUGGCAUCCCCAGAGAAGCUGGCGGGGCUGGCCUCACCUUCCAGCGGGUACUCCAGCCAGUCAGAGACACCGACCUCUUCCUUCCCAACCGCUUUCUUCUCUGGACCGCUGUCCCCAGGGGGCAGCAAGAGGAAGCCAAAAGUACCCGAGAGGAAGUCCUCACUCCAACAGCCGCUCUCUAAGGAUGGCACCAUGUCUGCAAGCAAAGACCUCGAACUCCCAAUUAUACCUCCAACCCAUCUUGACCUAAGUGCUCUUCACAGCGUCUUGAAUAAACCGUUUGCUCACCGGCACCAGCUGCACGCCUUCAAUCCCAGCAAGCAAAGCGCAGUGGGGGAAGCCCUUAGCCCCAGCCAUCCCUCUGCCCUUGCCAUCACUCCCUCCGUCCUCAAGUCCGUGCACCUCAGGGCCAUCAACAGGCCUGAAGAAGUGAAGCAGAAGGGCAGUAUCCCCGACCUGCUCUGCAUCCAAGAGCCCACACUGGUGGCUGGUGAUGUUUCGCCAGGGAAAAUGAGGCCGCUCCUAGCCAAGAAGACAGUAUCACGGCAGUACUCCACUGAGGAAGCCAUCAUGUCAUAUAUCGACUCCUCCCCAGCAGAAACGGGCCCUGGGAAGCCAUCUUUAGAAAAAAGCUCCUCUUUCAGUGGACAGAGUAAUUGUGAGCAGGAAAUUGUACCUUCAGCAAGUGUGGCUGUGGUUGAAAUGAAAACUGUGAAGGACCAAAUAACCCCAGCCGCUGAGCAUUUGCCGGACAGUGCUCUAAGUCAGACUUCUGCAGUUUCUACAGAAGGAUUUCAGAAAGGCUCAGCUCUCCUCACAGGUGAAUAUGAAGCAGAGAAUGCAAACAGGGGAGCAGAACCAGAGAGCCGCCUUGAGCAUGUGCAGGUCCAGCCUGAGCUCUGUGGCAGUGGGCAGCAGCUGGAGCUCGGCCCUGCUCAGGCAGAGGGAGCAGAUGUCAGUGAUCAGCUUAAGCACCAACUCGAUUUAAGCCACCACGUGCCUGGGAAUAUCAGCUACGAAUCAGAGACGGCAGCAGUAAACUUGCUCAGUGAAGCCAGUUGCAAGCAGGAGAAUGUCACAUCAGGUAUUCCUACCAGAAGUGCCUCUGGUACCAGCAGGGCAGACGAGACAGUAGGUGGAACAGAAGAGCCAUCGCUGAAAGAGUCUUCUCCAAGCGACGACUCCAUCAUGUCCCCUCUGAGUGAAGACUCUCAGGCUGAAGCUGAGGAUGUUUUUGUGUCUCCCAACAAACCUCGUACUACUGAGGACCUGUUUGCAGUCAUUCAUAGAUCAAAAAGGAAAGUUCUUGGGAGAAAGGACUCCGGAGAUCUGUCUGUAAGGAACAGACUGAGAGCUUCCUCUGGAACUAGCAGCCAGCUCCCCACCAGCAGUACGCUGCCCACCAGCAGCACAUCAUCCGCCAGCAGCGCAGGUGCUCCCAUGAGCAGUCAGAGGUCCCCUGGGCUGAUAUACAGGAAUGCCAAAAAGUCCAACACAUCUAACGAGGAGUUUAAACUACUGCUCCUUAAAAAAGGCAGUCGGUCUGAUUCUAGCUACAGGAUGUCCGCCACAGAAAUCUUGAAAAGCCCUAUUCUGCCCAAGUCUCCUGGAGAGCUGACAGCGGAUGUUUCCCAAAGCCAGGACGAGUGUCCCUCAGUGACAAGCCCCGAUGCAUCAUCCCCACUGUCCCCCUGCUCACCGAGGGUCAACGCAGAAGGUUUCUCCCCCAAGAGCUUUCCCAUGUCAGCAUCUUCACGAGUGGGGCGCUCACGGGCGCCGCCAGCUGCCAGCAGCAGCAGGUACAGCGUGCGCUGCCGGCUGUAUAACACGCCGAUGCAGGCCAUCUCAGAGGGGGAGACCGAGAACUCAGACGGCAGCCCGCAUGAUGACCGCUCUUCUCAGAGCUCAACGUAGGCUCCAGGGACUGCGACACCGUGUGAGCUGAGUGAGGACGUGAAUAGAAGAGGCCAAUGCUGUAGCAGUCAAAACAAUUAUUGCAGGGCAAUAUCAAUGCUUAAAUGUGCUUGUGUUCAUAGGACGCUGGGGAAACAGAGGACUACAGCUGUAGCUAUUUAUGACCUUAUUUUCUGAAAGUGGAAAGAUAGGCUAUGUCUGUUCUGUUUUCCUUUAGCUUCAUUUGGCUUAUCCUACUCAUUUCUGUUGUCACUGUAUAUUUCACGGCUAUACACUUUUCGUAGAGUUCAAAGUGACUUUUUGUGUUGUUUUUUUUUUUCCCAGAAGCUGCCCAUCUAGAAACAAAUCCCUCACUGUAGUGCUUCCCUAGGAAGAAAAAUAAAAAAGCAAAUGCUCUCGA